GACCAAGAGAGAGAAGACGGCGAAAAGUUUGCUACCAUCUCCAGCUUUCAAAGGAGGCAAAGGAACUGCGAGAGUCAGAGAGAGACCAGCAGCUUUUUAACCUAACAAUGAUGAUGCUUAUGAGAAAUAGCGCCUUUAGAGCUAUUGCUUCUUCUGCUAUUUGGGUUCUUCAACAACAUAUGGAAAUGGGUAUCUUUCCUCUUCUUCCUUAUUUCCCUUCUUUCUUAUUCUUCCAUCAUCACCGCAUCACUACUUCUACUUCUACAAAGAACCCUUCUUUGCCUAAAAAAAAUGGUGGGUUUGCUAGUAAUAGUAGCAAUACCAUUAGUGUUGAUGAUGCCUUGGCUUCAUUCUAUCGCAUGGCCCGCAUGAAUCCUAGGCCUUCUAUUGUGGAAUUUGGCAAAUUCUUAGGCUCCAUUGCCAAAAUGAAACAUUAUUCGACUGUUGUCUAUUUGUGCAAUCAAAUGGAUUUGUUUGGAGUUACCCACACUGUUUAUUCUCUAAAUAUAUUGAUUAACUGCCUUUGUCGCUUGAACCAUGUUGAUUUUGCUGUCUCUGUCUGGGGCAAGAUGUUCAAACUGGGUAUUCAACCAGAUGUUAUUACAUUCACUACGCUAAUCAAUGGGGUCUGCGAUGAGGGGAAGAUUAAAGUGGCAGUAGAGUUGUAUAAUGAGAUGGUACGGAGUGGGCAUGAGCCCGAUGUAAUUAGCUACAAUACUUUAAUAAAUGGUUUGUGCAAUAGCGGCAACACAAAUAUGGCGGUUCACGUGUUCAAGAAGAUGGAGCAAAAUGGAUGUAAACCAAAUGUGGUGACAUAUAAUACAAUAAUAGAUAGCCUUUGCAAAGAUAGGCUAGUUAAUGAUGCCAUGGACUUUUUGUCUGAAAUGGUGGGCCGGGGCAUUCCACCAGAUGCUAUUACUUACAACUCCAUAGUUCAUGGUUUAUGCUGUUUAGGUCAAUUGAAUGAGGCAACAAGAUUGUUCAAGAGGAUGGAACAAAAUGGGUGUAAGCCAGAUGUGGUGACAUAUAAUAUUAUUAUAAACAGCCUUUACAAAGACAGUCUAGUCAAUGACGCUGCGGACUUCUUAUCUGAAAUGGUGGAUCAGGGCAUUCCACCAGAUGUUGUUACUUACACCACAAUACUUCAUGGUUUAUGCUGUUUAGGUCAAUUGAAUGAGGCAAUAAGAUUGUUUAAGAAGAUGGAACAAAAAGGGUGCAAGCCAGACGUGGUGGCAUAUAAUACAAUAAUAGACAGCCUUUGCAAAGAUAGGCUAGUUAAUGAUGCCAUGGAAUUCUUAUCUGAAAUGGUGGAUAGGGGCAUUCCACCAAAUGCUGUUACUUACAGCACGAUGCUUCAUGGUUUCUGCAAUUUAGGACAAUUGGAUGAAGCAACACAAUUGUUCAAAGAAAUGGUCGGCAGGAAUGUUAUGCCGAAUACAUUGACCUUCACAAUUUUGGUUGAUGGACUCUGCCAAGAGGGAAUGGUUUCAGAAGCUCGGUGGGUCUUUGAAACAAUGACUGAAAAAGGUGUAGAGCCAAAUAUUUACACUUACAAUGCGUUGAUGAAUGGGUACUGUUUACGAUGCAAAAUGAAUGAGGCUAGAAAGGUGUUUGAAAACAUGGUUGGCAAGGGUUGUGCACCCGAUGUACACAGUUACAACAUCUUGAUCAAUGGAUAUUGCAAUAGUAGAAGGAUGGAUAAGGCAAAGGCAUUACUUACUCAAAUGUCUGUAAAAAAAUUGACUCCUAAUACUGUCACUUACAACACCAUUAUGAAAGGUUUGUGCUAUGUAGGUAGACUUUUGGAUGCACAAGACCUAUUCAAGAAGAUGUGUUCUUCUGGCAUGCUUCCAACUUUGAUGACUUACUCGAUUUUGCUAAAUGGCUUAUGCAAACAUGGACAUUUGGAUGAGGCAUUAAAACUGUUUAAGUCAAUGAAAGAGAAGAAAUUAGAACCUGAUAUUAUCCUCUAUACUAUUCUUAUUGAAGGCAUGUUUAUUGGUGGGAAGCUUGAAGUUGCAAAGGGACUAUUUUCCAAGCUUUCUGCUAAUGGAAUACGACCUCCUGAACGGACAUACAAUGUCAUGAUCAAGGGAUUUCUUAAAGAAGGGCUAUCAGAUGAAGCAUAUGAAUUGUUUAGAAAAUCGAAGAUGAUGAAGCAUAAUGCUAUCAUUUAAGGAUUUCUUCAAAAUCAGGCUCACCAACUGCUCUACCCCUUAUUGAUGAUAUGGUUGGUAAAACAUUCUCGGUGGAUUUGUCUACAAUUCAUAUGUUAUUGGAUUUGGAAUUUCAUGAUGAAAUCAUAAGCUGAUUUAUGCGUGGAAGCUCUCAGCAUAGAAAAAUGAGGCCUGUAGUGGGGACUCGGAUGUUGUAAGGCCUUGCAUGCUUGUAAGCAGAUUGAUGCCCUCUGCCAAGUCCAAAGGAGCGUUGAUUGAUCUUAAAAGCUCUGGCCAAGGGAAAACCCUAUUGGUGAUUUUGUGGAUUUGAGUGCCAUCGCAGGAUAUGGGAGACUUGUAACAUUCUAGCAGGGCUGAUCUUCAUAAUCUGGUCUGUUUGCAAUUCCUGACAAUCUGUCUCUUUGCAUGGUACAGCUAGAAUGCAAUCUGGUUAUGCAAACUUCUUUUUCUUGGUUUUAUUUCAAUUUUAACCAAACAUAAAUUUGCAUAAGAGGAUCGGUGGAUGAGUUGUGGACAGGCUUCUGAAGCAGGUAAAAUAAAGUGCACUGUAAUUUGUUUUAAACUUGCUUUUCACUACAUGCAGUGUUGACUUAGUCCCAUUAAUUGCAGUUGCUUUAAGAGUUAGAUAAGUGUCCAAAUGCUCAUGUCUCUGGUGCUACCAACAGGUACAAUACAGCUUAUUCUUUUUUCUUUAUAUGCCUCGCUAUCUUAUGUUGGUAUCUUUUGCGGAAGGCCUGAAGUAUGGACUCUAUUGCAUACAGCCUGGCAUAUUCGCAACCAAAAUGUAUCUUCCCUGCCAAGUCCAAAGGAGCAUAUAUCGAUCCUAAAAGCUCUGGCCGUGGAAAGACCUGUUGAUGCAAUUAUGGAUUCGAAUACCAUUGGGAGAAUGGAUACUUGUAAAAUCUGAGUGAGGCUGAUCUUAUUAGUCUGGUGGAAAAGGAGCAAGUGACUGCUUUGAGGCAGCAAGUAAACUUUUUGGAUGAGAAAGCACGCAUAAUCAAGACCAUCCAAAUUUAUGUGGAUUUUCUGCUUGUGCCCAUUAUCGAUGAGGAAGCUUGGUGGCCUUCAACACAUUUUUAGAUAUGGGCUGAGGAGCCUAAUGCGUUUGAUUAUUUGGCAUGUAUAAUUCAGAUUUUGUUCUCUUAGGAGUGGAGGUGGAGUCUUAAAGCUGCUGUGCUAAUUGAAUGCUUCGAUUAAAAGUGACUUGAUUGUUUAGUAAAAGCUGCUAGCGACUAAGAAUCGACGGAUCAAUUUUUUAAAUAAUACUUUUAUUGUUCCUUAA